UUGAAAAAUUACGUAAGCAUGGAAAAGUGUUGUUGAAGAUAAAUAGUGGAGAAACAGCACCAUGUUGCGAGAAUGCAAACAUGUUUACAACACGUUUAAGCUGGAUCAUUAAACAUCACUGCAACAUGAGCUACCCAAGAUGGAGUGAUGUACCCCAAGAGCAUAAGGAUGAAUUAAUCGAUCGUGUUCGGGGUGAUUUUGAAUUGGAUUGGGACUUAGAGAACCAUCAAUUGGCUGUGACUAAACAGCUUCGUAAGCGCUUUAAUGCCUUCCACCACCAACUACAUCAGAUAUAUAUGUCAUAUGGCAGCCAUGACGAGGUAUUGGCGACUGGGACUAGUUUGGUCACCCCCCUAGUAUGGUUUAAGCUCUGUGAACGAUGGGGUAGCGAGGCCUUCCAGAAAAUAGCAAGUAAAAAUCGGGACAAUAGAAGGAUGCUGAAAAUUAACCACACAACUGGUCGCAAAUCCUUUGUGAGGAUGCUAGAACAAAAGCGUGCUGAAAAUGCAAAUUUGGUGGACUUCUACAAGGAAACCCACUGGUCCAAGAAGAAAGAUAAAUUUGUGACACCUGCUACCGAAGACAUUUAUAAGGAUAUGGUAGGAAAGCUGGAUAAUUUAGAACCAGACAAACGAACUGAUGAAGCAGCAGCGGGUGUAUUCAGAGAGGUACUUGGGCGUCGACCGGGUUAUGCAAGAGGAAUGGGAGAGAUGGUGAUCCCCGAGUCUACAAGAAAACACUCCUUGGCACGAGAGAAAGAGUAUAUAGCUUUGAUUGAAAAACAUAAGAAAGAGGCUGAAGCUUCCAAGAUUGAGAUGGCGUCAAUGAAGGCAAACAUGGAGGUUAUGAUGGAGAAACAAAAUGAAACCGAUCGUAUGUUGAGGGCCAUCUUAGCUGCGAACCCGUCCCUCAUUAAGUCUCUUCGAGAGACUCAGUGA